ACCCUUGGAUCUAUAGCUUUCCGAAGCGCGCGUAUCAGUGUUUUUUUUUUUUUUUUUUUUUUAAAGAUGCAAGUCGGACGCAAAUCGUGUUGGAGGCAAUUGCAGGCUUCUUUUUUUAGACUGCUAUGUCUUAUUCCUACAGGAUUCCCCGUCCGGAGUGUGGAUAUGCAACGGACCACCGACAACAUUACCAUCCGCCAGGGAGACACAGCGAUCAUAAGGUGUUAUGUUGAUGACAAGGUGUCCAGGGUGGCCUGGCUCAAUCGAUCCAACAUCAUCUUUGCAGGCCAGGACAAGUGGUCUCUGGACCCGAGAGUAGAUCUGGUCACUAAAGGACAGCUGGAAUAUAGUCUGCGCAUCCAAAAGGUGGAUGUGUAUGAUGAGGGCUCGUAUACCUGCUCCAUACAGACAAAGCAGAAACCCAAGACCUCACAUGUCUACCUCAUUGUACAAGUUCCAGCCAACAUCUACAAAGUGUCAGAAGACAUCAUAGUGAACGAAGGCAGUAAUGUGACACUCACUUGUUUGGCCAGCGGCAGACCGGACCCUGCAAUCACCUGGAGGCUGCUCAACCCCUCAGCAGAGCCACUGGAUGGAGAAGAGUACCUCGAUAUAAUAGGCAUCAUGCGAAACCAAGCAGGUCGUUAUGAAUGCAAGGCCAGCAAUGACGUCGCCACACCAGAUGUCAAAUAUGUCAAUGUGGUUGUCAACUACCCUCCGACAAUACAGAAGACUCAGAGCUCUGAGACUCCGGUGGGCCGCCUGGGGAUGCUGCAGUGUGAUGCCAACGCCGUGCCUAAACCAGAGUUUGAAUGGUACAGAGAUGAAAAAAGGAUGACCAACACCCAGAGCAUCAAUAUCCAGAUCCUUGGCACAACUACUAUUCUUGUGUUUACCAACGUCAGUGAAGAGGAUUAUGGGAACUAUACCUGUGUGGCCACGAACCGACUGGGCAUCCAAAAUGCCAGCGUUUUCCUCUAUAGACCCGGGACAGGUCGAGAUAUCAACAGCUCUGACUGUGUAUCUCAAUCACUGUGGCUCCUGCUGGCCUGCUUCGCCUGCCUUUUCUUCAAGUGUUAAUACUGCUGUCCUCCUCUUCCUCCUCCUCCUCCUCCUCCUCCUCCUCUUUCCUCCUCCUCUUCCUCUUCCUCCCCUUCCUCCUCCUCCUAUUCCUCCUCCUCCUCCCUCUCAUCCCCUAGCCUCCAUUCUAUCCCUCCCACCUCCUCUCCGACUCACCGACAUCCUUAUUGCUACCUUACUACCAACUUGACCCCACCCCACCCCUCUCCCAGACUGUUUGCAUCAUGAUACAAAAACCUUACGUGCUCUCAAGCACUGCUUACAGAUGUUACAAAAAGAGAUGGGUAAUGAGUAAAACGAUAAGUUUAGAUAACUACUAAAAACAGUGGAUGAAGGACAGAACACACAAACAGUGCUCUCUUAUUAAGGAAUUGCAUCGUUCUUUUUAAUUCGUAUGCACUGCUUUGUUUCUGCUAUAUCUUCGGGGUCCGGAUUGGGUUCGGGAUUUGUUGUUAUUUUUGUCUUCAUGAGAAUGAAAGCAAAGGCGCCCCUUUAAAAGGGAUGCCCACAAUCAUUUGUCUUAGAAGUACUGAAGACAUAAGAUAUAUUUCUUCUUCUUCCUAUAGUUGUAUUAUGUUAUCUUAAAUGGUAGAUUUAACCAACUGUUUAACCAGUGCAUUAAUGAGCAACAAGGAAAGUACCUGCCAAAUAUCCAAGUAUUUAGAAUUAAAACUAACACACGGAAAUGAAAGGGAAUAUUCUGUAGCUGUUUCUGUAAAAUUACAGAGAGAGUAGAGCUUAGCGUUAAAGUCUACUACGUUAAUCUAAUUCUAUUAAGCAGACACAGAACCGCAGUAUUAGCUGGAGAUCUGUCCAGUUAGUAACAUUAACUGUAGACGGAGCAGUCGAGCAGACCCUCCAAACCAGAAAUCAAGGAUGCAGUGAAUAGAUUUAAGUUGAGCCAAACCAAGCAGAUUAUAGCUCCGAGGAAAUUAGUCCAUGUAGUGAUGAAUAUCUUCAUCAUCAUCAUUCAGUGGCUUUGCUACCACUCGCCUUUAUUCCAAAAGAAUUCCUCUUUUUUGCAGCAGAACUCUCACUUUCAAAAAACAAAAACAAAAACAAAAAAAAGUAGGUAUAAAGAUACGUACUGUACAUAGUAAAAUUUUGUAUUUCUCUAUGAUUAAAUAACUUGUUCUGCCACUGUAAUAACUGGAAACAGAGAAAAUGUCGCCGCGUAUGUUGCUUGUUCGAUGACAAACCAACCAUACUGUGCAGUUUGUCUCUGUUCCACUGAACGCUGCACCACAUUUAGCUCCAUAUACUGCACCAUAUACAGUGUUUGCUUUUUAUGAGUUUUAGGGUCAUUAUUCUAUACUGCUGAAAUUUGGAUGAAAAUGUAUGACACCAAUGAAUGACUUUUAGUUUUUCUCUUUCAAAGACGUAUGUGUGUUUUAAUAUGAAAUUAUACUGAAAAUUCAUAUGUUGAUAUUCAGAUAUUUUGUUUCUGUUUUUUUUGUUUUGUUUUGUUUUGUUUUUUUGUCUUUACCACAUUAUUUUUAGUUGUGUACAUAUAUAUACUUGAAUCCGACAUCUUUGUAUUUGAAAAGGUUAAUUUUAUGUGUCCAUGUUUCUUAAUAGGGUAGCAAUUUGUUACAGAAAAAUAACAAUCACUUAAACUGGCAACCCUGUUCUAUUACAUGAAGCCCAUUAGAAAAAGAUGUUUAAAAAAAUGUCAUGUAAAAAAAAAAAAAAAAAAAAAAUGGUAGUUUUGUGCAGUUAUUAUUACACCUGUUAUCGAGAUGAUAUAGGAACGAGCUUGUAUGAAGUUGAAGGACAUAGAAUUAAGUUUAGCUUGUACUGUCUUCAGUAUAAUUUAACAAGUGAGAGCAGCAAAAUUGAAUAUUAAAUCCUGAUUCCCCUCAAUGCAACCAGUUACUUUAUGAACAAAAAAAAAAAAAAAAAAUCCUUGGCAUUUUGCAAACCUUUUCCAUUCUGAAAAAUUGCACACUUCCUUGAGGAGACAUCUCAGAGCUCGCUGCACUAUUAGCUACCUUUUUUUUUUGCCAUUUAUUUGGACCUGUUUGUAAGGUGACUAAUAGUAUAUGGACUCCUCCGCUGAAACUCUGCUCCUCGACUGGAUGUGUGUUCACGUCUCUGCUCUUCAAACAUCCAAGCUGAGAUAGUACAGUACUGUAAGACACACAAUACACACAUGUAAUUACUGUCAUCUUUGACAUAUAUUAAAAACUCGUUCCCGGUGUUUUCCUUGUAAAUGCUUCUGACGCAGCGGUUGUGUGACAUUGUGGUGUAGGUAAUGCCAUCUGGUGCAGUCUGAUUUCCAUGUGAAUGAAACAGUAGUAAGUAGUGUUGUACAGAAACUGAAGCAGGCCACAAUGCAAUCAGACCGAAGCAUUUUUACAGUUAAAUACAUCUUAAUUUCCUGCGAUAUGAACAAAAUCAUACAGUAUGUUUUGUAUGUGUAGGGGUGAUUUAAGAGCUGCUUGUUUUUUUUUUAUGCUUUCGUCAUCUUGUACAUGGCUUUUAAUUUACUUUUACAACUGAACAAGUAACUUUGGCGUGAUGUGAAUUAACUCGUCUCAUGAGUUUUUGUACUAUAUCGGUACUUCUGCAGUCCUCUUACUGCUUUUAGACCCAUACCUGAGGAUGAGAGUUUAGCAGG